CAACGACAAAUAAUACACUUUUUCACGAUACCACACACUGGUAGAAAUAAAAUACUUUGAAGAACAAGUUACUAAGCGGUUGGCAAAGGGAACCCAUCGCAGACAAAAAUGGACCUCAGUGUUGUUGAACAACUUUUACAAAGCACGGGUUUGUCCUGUGAUGAUUUGCUUCUUAAACUCCAAGCGUAUCGAUCGAUUAAGACUAAACCUGAUGAACCAGAAAAUGCAACGUCUAACGAAGAAACUAAGGAAGAUGUUUCAGUCAAAGACACUUCUGAUGAUUUAACGUCUGAUUGUCUUUCACACGAAGAAACAAAGCAAGAUGUUUCAAACAAUGACAGUUCUGUGAUAUUAGAAACCAAAAGUUCCAAGGUAGAUUGUAAUACAGAUAAUUUAGAAUCAGAAACCCAGAACAGUUUAGAAUGUUCUGCCGUUUCAUCUUCAGAAACCGUAAACCAAAAUUUACCACAAAAAUCUGAAGACGUACAGUGUUUACAGCCAGAUAUAGACGGUAUUAAUAAGUGUCGUCUAGACUGUGAUUCUCUGGACGAUUGUCAGAAAAACCAAGACGAACAUGAGCAGACGUCCAGUGAUGGAAGUGCAAUUUUUGGGAGUACUUCUAUUUGUGAUGUUAUCAUGAAAAAGUUAACUGCUGAGGGACAAGAAUCAAACACUCCCAAAACACAAAAUAGAAAAGUGAGAGUUAAACAAAUUACAAAGUACUGCAAUGACUUAAGUAACCAAUGUGUAAUAGACGAAUCAGUGAAAGAAGAUUGUAAUACAUUAAACAAAAAUAAUCGUUCAGAAUUAUCACUUAUAAUACAACAACUACACAGAAAGAACAAACGUAAAAUUGCACAGCUUUGCGAAUCUGAAGAAAGUUCUUGUGAGGCAUCACCAAAACAAACGUACGUAGCACAAAAAGACGAGAAUUUAUCUUCUGAUGUUCAAGAACAAAACAGGUGUGAAACAGAAAAUGAAACAAGAAAGUCUCUUUCUCUCCAAGAAGAAAGCUCGAGUGACACAACUGAAAAGAUAUUUCCUGGACUGAUUUUUCGAGAAGUACCAGAAAAAGGAGACUCCAAAUUUUUGAACAAUUAUGGGACAGAGAGUGAAAAUAAUAAUGGAAAAGUGAAAUCUUUUAAAUACUCCGAAAAAAAUCUUAGCCACACAUUACCUCAAAAUCGAAAGACACAGACAGCAAGUUGUCGAUAUACCUCAAAGAAAGAAAUAACUGAAGAUGGUUAUAACUCAUUGAGUAGAAGUGCCCAGUCAGAGUUAUUUUCUGAAACAAAGGUACCAGACAAUUAUGAAAUACAAAGGAAUAAAACUAGAAAGACCGUCAUUGACAUUGAAAAAACUUUUAACAAAACUUUACUAGAAAACAUUGAUAAUUCCCUGAGCGGUGAACCCACUUUGGAAAAACAAAAAACUGGUGAAGAAUCUACCAUACUUUGCGAAGAUAAGUCUCCGAAAUUCUUUUUUAAAGUACAAAAACAGGGUAGCUGUGCAACACAAAAUGAAAAUAGUAAUCAAAUCAAAUCAACGGAAGAACAAUCGAAUAUUUUGAACGAUUGCAAUAAAUUAGUAGAAAGUUCUUCUAAAGAUGAUUUUGAACUUAACCGUGAAACCAACCGUGUUACUGACGAUAGUUUAUCUGAUAACGUUUGUUCCGUUAGAAAAAUAAAUGAUCAUGACUAUACCAAUCCUGUAAUCAAUACGGAUUCUCUCCUGGAGGCUGAAGAAGCAAGUUUAUCAUCUGAUCCUGACACCGAACGAGAAACAUCGUCACUGAAAAGUGAUGAUCUUCCGAAAUCUGAAGAUAAUUUAAGAGACGUCCUUAGAAUGCAACUUUCGUCUUUACGAAAUAUGAAGAAGAACAGUGGUUUAUUACCCACAUUUAAGAAAACUAUAUUUUUUCAGAAUCUCAAAAAGAAACGAAAAUCAUGUGAUAUCAAUCCCGGGAUAUCUGCUGAUGUGGAUGAUGAGAAAGAAAGUAAUGACGAAGAGGUGAAAGAAAAGAAGCUUGAGGAAAAUAAAGAGAAUUUCAGCACGAAUGAAAAUUCGUUGGUGUCGUUAUCAGAUGAUACUGACUUCGUAAUUGUAGAUGUUACCGGAGGUGUAGAUAGACUAACACCAAAUAUAGAAUCUGCAAACAACGAAGAAAGUAUGUUCUCUGGUAUAACCAACAUCGACAACGAAGACAAAGAACAUGAAAACGUUCCAAAUACUUCAGAGCCCGUUUUAGAAAACAAAACAAUUCCCAAGAUAGACGAAACAUCCAGUAGUUCGGAUAAUAACAUUGUUAACUCUGCAUUUACAAAAAUAAAUGAGAACUCGCCUCAAUUAACGGUCAGAAAAAAUAUUGCUGAAAAGUUUACGCGAGAUCCUGGCAUUAACAAAUCGGUGAAAAAUAACGAAAAAUCUCCAUUUGUUAGUGAUUCUUUAGAGGACUUUCUUAAUGAAAGUGCCGAAUUAAAAAUAAGUUAUGCUAUUCCAAAGUUGGGAGCAGAAGAAGGAAUUACUGAAAAUACUAAAAAGUGCCCUUUUGAUAAUGUUGUUAGUAAUAAUCAAACACCCAAAGUUGAACACGAUAACACCCAGAGAGAGAAACCAAAAUUGAUCAAAGCCAAAACUUUGGCUGAGAUGCGACGACAUUUUGAAAAGUUAAAAGCAAUAGAAGAUAAAUCAGUAGAGGAUAAACCAGCAGAGGAGGCUCCCGUUCAGUUGAAAAAGAAAAGAGGUUUUAAACGAAAAUUUUUAAAUACUUUUCAAAAAAGCGAAACAAAAAGUCAAGAUCAAUCUCCAGUAGAAGAAAACAGUAUCCUUAAUAUUGCAGAUAUUAGAACUGACCAAGAUGUUCCACCUAGAAACAGUUAUAUAUUAUAUAACAACAAAAAAUUGUGGGUGCCGUGUAAAGGAAAAGAUAAGUGUCUUGGAAAUGUUAAUUCUAAAACGAACAGAGAAAUUUCGUAUGAAAAGACUUCCGUACCACCUAGUCCCAAACCAGAGCAGAUAUCCAUCAGGAAACCAUCUCUUCUUUCUUCUCUAGCACAGAACAAGUGUUCUAGAGUCAAAUAUAAACCUGGACCCCUGUGUAAGAAAGCUGCUUUGCAAAACCCAGAAAGUAAAGCUCAUUGGAUGACUGAGUUAAAAACUUUGCCAAAAAUUUAUUUAGAAGUUGUACCUGAAGUGCAAAAACCAAUUGAUCCUUCGAUAGUUCAUCUCUUACCAAUUUUUGAGGAACCAGUAAUAACGGAAGAACGGGCAAAUUUUGCAUUAACUGCACUGAAACCGAAAAAUACGAAUCAUACACCAGAAGCUUUUAAUUUCCACGUUCCAUUUAAUAAUAAACAAGAAAAAAUUAUUGUACGAAAACCUUUCAAAUCAGAGGUUGUCCAAAAAACAAGUUCUGAAGAAAAAGAAGUCGAUCCUGAAGAUGAAAUUUCAAAAGUAAUUAGUGAUUUAAUUACUUACGUUGAAAUAAAGGAACUAGGGGAUAGUAUGAUUAAAGAAGAUGAGUGUACAACAGACAUUGAAACAUGUAACGAAAGUACUUCGAAGACUAAAACACGUAAAAUCAAACGCAAAAAGUUAGAGCUUGAGCUCCUUCGACUUAACUGUAAAGUGAUCGAUGUGGCUACUGAUAAAGACGACACUGACUGUAAUAAACCAUUUUGUAGGUUGGGGUGCAUUUGCAAAAGUCUGCUGUGCGAAAGUGUGUUUUCUAAUCACUGUCAGUUAGUUGAGUGUAUGUUUGGAUGUACGUGCCCUUCAGAUACACCCGGCAGCUUGACUGCAACGAAUGACUUUUUGUCCGCACAUACCGUUAACCACCUUGAAGAUAAAGCAAAGAAAAAUUUAGCCAGAGUAGAAAAGGAAUUUACUCAUACUCUCAUACAUACAGAUAAUGAUGCGAUUUUAGUAGGUACUGCUAAAGUGAGAAGAUCGUGCAAGCCACCCAAAAAGUACACCGACUUUGUCGGGGAUGAUGUUUUCGACUCGCCACGACCAACAUCAGUUGAAAAAGAACCCACGAAUUGCAAGAAGUUCGACCUUGUUUUGGAAAAAUUGAUGCUUGACGAUGUAAUACCAUUCUGUCUUUACCACAACGUACAUAGUUGUUUAUGUAAAGGGGAAACCGAAAUUGUUCCAUCAACGAAAAUACGAGAAGUGGACGAGAUUCCAAAAAUUCGAAUUGUUAAGACGAAAGAAGAUCAGCAUAAAGCGUGGUAUGAGAGUUGUGCCAGGAUACGUACAGUGUUUCCAGAAUAUAAAGAACGGAAUAAGACCGCAUUAUACAAACACAAGUUGCGAAGGGGACAUUUAAGUUUCAAAGGGCGAAGAGGUCCUCGAAAGAAGCAAGAAAAGAAAGAAGUACCCGUUAAAGAUCAAGUAGUACAUUUGCCUGAAAGCAUAGAAGUUCAAUCUGACAUUAAUAAAUCGAGCCCAAAAAUAAUUAAAAAACCCAGCAAAAGAAAACAAUCUUUUGAUGUCCGGGAAGAUGUUGUUCUUCCAGGUGCGGAUAUUGUACUUCCAACUGUGGAAUCUGUACCCCCAAAAGCAGAUCCUGUAACUCCGCAAGCCCCAGCUGACAAAAAUGAGAAAGAAUUUGCUUUGCAAAGAAGAAAGAAAAAAGUCAAGGCGAACGUCCCGCCGGUGGAGACUCCGAUAUACCAUCCAAUAUUUGAUGGAGAAAUUAAGGUUUCUCUUAAAGAAAAUAAAGACAUGUUAAAUAUUAUAGGAAAUGAAAAUGCUUGUUUGGAAUAUCUAAGAAUAUUACCUUGGGGAAAAUUAAUCGAUAGCUUUUGGUCAGGGAAAAUUUGCAUUUGGGCGAAAGAUAAACCAUCCUCGCCGCUAUUAUGUAAUUCAGCGGGGUACUUCCCUCCGAAGAAUUUUAUUAGUAUUACAAAGGUGACUCGUAGAAGCGAGAUAAUUAACUGGAUUAUAACUGGUAGCUUACCUAGCGAUAGACCAAGGGAUCUCAUGCAUCUUAUUUUGACGCCAAAAAACAUGCAUUUCCUAAUAGCAGGGUAUUGUUUAAAGAAAAUCAGCCAAGAUUCAACACCUUCAGAAACUCAGAGUGACUUUUUAAAUAAAUGGUCUACUUCGGCAGCAGAAAUAUCUUCUAGUUCGUCUUUUAUGGAUGUUGACGACGUUGAUGUGGAGAGUCCUGAAGACCGUAUUACCUUCAGCGAAAGCGGAUACAGAGAUACAAUUCAUUCUAAUCCCAAUCAACAGUCGCUUUUGCGUGAUAAUAGACAAGAGAAAGAUGCAUCUAGAGUAUCUUCUCCAGAAGUACAAAUUUCGGUCAUGUCUCAACCGCUCUCACCAGUUACCAAAAGAUUUAAAAUUGUAAAACCUAAAAUAAUGAAACUACCAGAAAAAAGAAGUCCAACUGACAGUACGCCUGUGGAACUGAGUUCAAGAAAAAACCUAACCAUAACCAAACCAACCUCACAGACACCACGGAAAGGUAUUGGAAGCCGCGACCGUACUACUAAAAUAACCACAAAACGAACUUAUGUAAAAGUGGGUUCUGUGUUUAAUAGUCUCCAGUCGGUGGCUAACACCAAUGAUUUGAGUAAUGUGAGUACUCCAACCAUAAAACAAAUUCUGAAUACACCACCGUGUACUGUAAAUACUAGUGCAGUAAAUGUACUUGAUGAUUCAAGAGUUGAUUCUGCGCUUUCAACAAGGUCUGACGAUAAUGAGAAUCUAUCAGUCGCAUUGAAUAACUUAUUAGAAAAGAGUAUGAUGUUAGAAAACAACUCUGGUGAAAAAGAAUGUGGUAGUCCUCCUCGAAGGAACUCUCAGUCUAUGUCAGUUGAAAAAGAGCUUGCAACCGCAGGCUGUAAUUCUAAAAAGGAACGUGUACCAAAGACUGUGUCUGAUAAAGAAGUAGUACCACAGGAUCUACUGAAAUUAACUGAAGUAGAUGAACCGCCGAGAAAAUCUACGGGAAAACAAAAACAGUUAUCCGUUAGAAGCAACGAAAGUAGUCCUAAAAAGAUUACGAAAGAUCCCCUUGCAAUAACUGAAACUGGUAGAUUAGCCUCACGACCACAAAAAAGUGUAACAUCGUCACCUGAAUCGAAAGGAGAUACACAGUUUACCAAACGUACUAGAACAUCAUCAGAUAGUUCCAGUGUGAGCAAGAAUCGUAUCACUUCUCAAUCUGGUGUAAUCCCUAGUCGAAGUUUAAAAUGCACUCACAAAGAUAUGAAUAAUCAAAGUAAAACAUUAGUUCUGACAAAUAAAGUCUUUAAUCACCGUAAACUCUACUUCACUAAGGACGAUGUUAAAGGAACAGAAAUCAAUAUUGCUUUGCCAUCAGUUUCGAAAAAUUGUAAAUGGAGGAUGAUUUAUCUAAAUUCAGAUUUUAGCUUCCUGACGUUUGUGACUGUGAAUUACUCAAUUAAAUACACAGAUUUGUUGGAUGUGGUGAAAAUGUCUAGCAACAUUAAGUCCACCAUCACUCUCAGAAAUAAAGAGUUCAGUGAUACCUUCAAACAUCCAUUGUUUGGUAUUUACUGCGUACCUGAUUAUCAGGACCGGCUUUUUAUUGGUCCGUACGCAUCUUCCGAGAAACACAGCGUUGAAACUCUCAGAUAUUUGCAAGGGAGACUAAUAGAUACACAAAUUUUUAAUAAAAUGGUUGGGAGAAACGUGUCGGAGAAAAAUCCGGUGUGGUUAUAUGAAAGUCCUCCACGUCCUAUAAGUUUACCAAAUGGUCUUGUUAUUGAUAUCACGGAAGAUGAUGAAGCUCAUGAGGUUACUGUAGUCGACUUAGACAGUGAUAGUUCUGAAGAAGCUCAAGAUACUACUAGUAAAUCUCAAGUUAGUACUAGUAAAGUUCUGGAAAAUAGUUUACUUUUCCCGCCCUUUGUGGAAGAACUAACGCAAGACGAAUUAAAAUCGAGGCAUAGCAUAAAUCGAUAUAUAAUGACAAACAUUCCUCAUUUGGGUUAUUUUGAUGCUCGCCAACGCGACAGUAAAGCAAUUGAAGUGUUUUGGCCUGACGGUAGCAGAGGCUAUAGAUUUCCUAAUGUUACGUUUGCCAAAAAUUUAUUAACACGGUAUCUAUAUCAAAUUUUUUGUCCUAUUCCCCGAGAUUUUAAAAUCAACGUUAUAAUAAUGACGAAUUUGGGAGUCCAAAUCAACAAACCCAUCAAUUCGAAAUAUUUAUCAAGAUCAGAUCCUUACAUUUGUGGCGAAUUUGGCGUUUAUGAAAAAGACGCCAUACCAGAUGAUUUGUUAAAAAAACAUAACGUGUCAUCGAUUGAGUCACUGUUACAGUGGCACGAAGAAGUUCAAAACGACGAAGACGCGAUGAUACGAAUAUUCGGUUUGUUUUUAAUGUCUAAUGAAGAAUUACGCAAACAUUCAGAACCCUACAAAAUAUUGCAAUGGGCAAUUUCUGAAACUUACAUAUUGAAGAAACUUGCCGAAAAUUACGAGUCUGAAAAAGUAGACCUCCAAAACAUGAUCCGUGCAAAAACACAAAAAAUUAAAGAAAAACGUAAAGACAUUAGGACCGACGAGACACCUGACAGCACACGCAUGAAUGUAUCGGAAACAAUAGAGAUCCAAGAUUCCGACGAAGAAGAUAACCAGAAAACUAAUACAGAAGCUCAAACUCCAAGUUUCAAAAGGAUCUCUAUAAGUGGAAGGAUCGAUACUGACUCUGUCUACGACCAAAGCCAAAGCAGAUCGAUACUAAAAUCCAAUGUAUGGAUAAAACCAGGACGAUCAUUACUGAAAAGUAACGAUAAAAAGACACAAAAAGUUGCGUCUCCCGAAAAACUGACGUCCAUAGAACCUGUAAAAAUAUCAUUGAAUAAUUCUAAUAUUGUUUUAAAUAAAAACAAUCUUUUGAUAACCAAAUUAAAAUAACCAGAAAUUAUGUUUUGCCAUCAACGUUAAAGUUAUUGGAAUUUCAGUACUUCGUGAGACUGUAAUGUUAAGUUAGUAUUUUUAUUAUUGAAUUGGAACAAUAUUGUACAAAUUAAUUUAUAAUGUUUGUAGUGGUUUACGUUACUAAAUUUUAUGACUCUGUUUUUUAUUAAAUAAACCAUAAUCUGGAUUUGCUCUAUUGACGCGCAAUAUAUCCCGCAUCUCUGUGAUUAAUUAUUACUUAUAAUAUGAAUGUUUGUUAUUUUUUAAGCAAAUAAAAUUAUUUAGUAAG